CCCCACCCCACUGUGUGAAGAUACUCCCCCUCUCUCUCUCUCUCACACACACACACACAAAUCUUUAGUCAUCACUCAUCACACACUGGAUUAUUUGAUUUAUUUCCUAUGGUUGAACCAACUGCGCUUAUUAUAAUUACUUUUCUUGCAUGCUUAAAAGUCAUAUAUAGUGUGGCCAGUGGGCACCUGCAACCGACAAAAGCAUACAAGAAAUCCUGUCCAAACCCUACAACGCUUACCCAUACACAUUUACCCCUCCCAACAAACACAAUAAUAAAAAUUCCACUAGCAGCAAGCAGUAAGCACUACAAAUUAGAGCCGUUAUCUCACUACCCUUUUGGACUCACACGCUCGUAUACUUAUUGCUGUCUAUUAUCCUGUUACUUUCCUCUCUCUCCUCCGAUAAUGUAAACAGAGCAAAGAAAAAGCAAGGGAAAACUUUCUUGUGCUUUGGCUUUUGACUCUUUCUAUUGAUUUUUUGAGAAAUCUUGUGGUUUACUCGAUAUGGCUGGUUCAAGAUUAUUCUGGGUCUUGGUUAUCCACAUUUGCUUGCUGCUGGGCUCUUCUUCUGCUGAUGACCCUUUUGUUAACUAUGAGUUUGUGGUCUCAUACAUUACUGCUUCUCCACUUGGUGUCCCCCAGCAGCGGAUGGGGUUCGCUUUAGAUUUCUUAAAGUUCGAAUCUUUAGCUUCAGAUCUGGUGAUUGCUAUUAAUGGCCAUUUUCCAGGCCCCACCAUCAACGUGACCACUAACAACAACGUUGUUAUCAAUGUGAGGAACAGAUUAGACGAAGGCCUCUUGCUCCAUUGGUCUGGGAUACAGCAGAGGAGGUGUUCAUGGCAAGAUGGUGUUCUCGGCACAAAUUGUCCCAUCCCUCCCAGAUGGAACUGGACUUAUCAGUUUCAGGUCAAGGACCAAAUUGGAAGUUUCUUUUAUUUCCCUUCCCUCAAUUUCCAGAGAGCAUCCGGAGGUUUCGGCUCAUUCAUCAUCAAUAAUCGACCGAUUAUCCCUAUUCCUUUUGACACCCCUUAUGGGGAUAUCACGAUUCUAAUCGGAGAUUGGUACACUCAGAACCACACGGCAUUGAGGAGAAUCCUCAAUUCUGGGAGAGAUCUCGGCAUGCCGGAUGGGGUUCUGAUUAAUGGAAGAGGGCCUUUUAGGUAUAAUGACACUCUUGUCCCUGCUGGCAUUGACCAUGAAACGAUCACGGUCCACCCAGGCAGGACUUACCGAAUUCGUGUAAGCAAUGUCGGGAUUUCUACUAGUCUCAACUUCAGAAUCCAAAACCACAACUUGCUUCUGGCGGAGUCAGAGGGCUCGUAUACUGUGCAGCAGAACUAUACGAGUUUAGACAUUCACGUUGGCCAAACUUACUCGUUCCUGGUGACCAUGGAUCAAAAUGCGAGCAGUGAUUAUUACAUAGUUGCGAGUCCCAGGUUCGUGAACGAGACCACGUGGCAAAGAGUCACUGGUGUUGGCAUCUUACACUACACCAAUUCAAGAGGACCUGCAUUUGGUCCUCUCCCGCAAGGACCGCAAGAUCAAUUUGAUAAGACCUUCUCCAUGAACCAGGCGAGAUCUAUCAGGUGGAAUGUGACGGCUAGUGGGGCCCGCCCGAAUCCUCAAGGCUCAUUCAGAUACGGCUCGAUCAACGUGACUGAGGUUUAUGUCCUUAGGAACAAACCCCCAGAGAUGGUUGAUGGGAGGCUGAGAACUACACUUAGUGGGAUUUCCUUUGUCAACCCUUCCACGCCAAUCAGGCUCGCUGACCAACAUAACGUGAGGGGAGUAUACAGCCUCGAUUUCCCUACUCGGCCGCUCACGGGCCCACCUCGAAGGGCUACAUCGAUCAUCAACGGUACCUAUAAGGGAUUUAUGGAAAUCAUAUUGCAGAACAAUGAUACCAAGGUUCAAACUUAUCACAUGAGUGGUUAUGCGUUUUUUGUGGUCGGUAUGGACUACGGUGAGUGGACGGAGAAUAGUAGAGGCACGUACAAUAAGUGGGAUGGGAUUGCUCGAAGUACAGCUCAGGUUUAUCCUGGAGCUUGGACUGCUAUCCUGAUCUCCCUGGACAAUGUCGGUGUUUGGAACCUGAGAACAGAAAACCUUGACUCGUGGUACCUUGGACAAGAAACCUACGUGAGGGUUAUAAAUCCCGAGCCUAAUAACCAAACCGAGUUCUCAGCUCCAGAUAAUGUCUUAUUCUGUGGUGCACUAAGCCGACUACAAAGGCCACAAGACAUAUCUUUUGCCACGUCAGUCAAGAGCAGCACGCAGAACCUAUUGUUCGGUUUCGUGCUCAUGAUGAUGUCAGUGCUGUUUUCCGCGUUCAAUUGAGAAGCUCCAUUAGAACUUGCAUGAAUGAAUUAUCUCUCUCUAUGUUGUUUGCCGGGAGCCCGACUUUUGUUUUUCUCAGUGAGGACUUGUGUUUUUCGGUUAAAAGAAAUUUAGGAAGAUGUAAUGCUAGUAAAUUGUUGAUAUGAUUAUUUUUAACCUCUAUUUUUUCUUUGUUUUACCUUAUCAUCGGGCAGUGAUCAUAUGCUCCCGGUGUCGCUUGCUUGUGCUUGGAUUUUUUUAUCAUUCUUUCAUCACCUUAUAACUUAAUUGUAAUGUUGACGAUUAUCAUCAAUUUUUCUUCGUAAGCUUCGUCGUAAGUUUAGGUGUCACAUUUGAUUGGUCUUGCUUCCAUGAUUAGGUUGGGUAACAUAUUUUCCAGUUCUUGAAAUUCUUGUUUGAGAUGAUUCUUGAGUAGCUAAAGUUGAUUUAUCAAAUUCAAUCAUCAGUGAAUUCAGUUCAUAGUUCAUACACCUUCCACAAAAUUUGAAUUCUUCCAUUCAUAUGCAAAUGCAAGGGUAAUGAGAAUAGAAGUCAACAUGGG